GCAUGAUAUAAUAAUAAUAAAAAUAAUAUUAAUAAUAAUUGUACCUUUUUAGUUUUUGGGGGUAUACGCCUCUUUCUAACUAUAUGUCUCUUAUAUAUAAUAUCACCGCUAAGACCCCUGACCAUGCCCAAUAUUGCCUCUCUCUCUCUCUCUCUCUCAAAAAUAGAACACCAAACUCAAAUAAUUCUCUUCUCUUAUUAAUUUUGUACUUAUACAUUUAUAUAUUAUAUAUAUAUAGCAAUAAGAAAUGGGUGUUCCACCAGUUGUGAUGAGGUCGACGAAGAAAACGAAGGCCGUUGGGAUUCCGACGGUUGAUCUGUCGAAGCAGGGUGACAGGUCAUCAACAUUAAUGGUUUCGGAAGCCAUAGUGAGAGCAUGUGAGGAAUAUGGUUUUUUCAAGGUGGUGAACCACGGCGUCUCCAAACAUGUCAUUUCUAGAUUGGAAGAAGAAGGGAAUGGCUUCUUUGCCAAAACCUCAGCCGAGAAAAGAAGAGCCGGCCCAGCUUCUCCUUUCGGCUAUGGCUCCAAAACCAUUGGCCCAAAUGGCGACAUCGGCGACCUCGAAUAUCUUCUCCUUCAUACUAAUCCUCUCUCCAUUUCUCACACAAUCAAAUCCAUCUCCAAUGACCCAACCUCAUUCAGUUAUGCGGUGAUUGAUUAUACGGAAGCAGUAAGGGAGUUGGCUUGUGAUAUUCUUGAUCUAGUGGGUGAGGGCCUAUGGAUAUCCGACAAGUUCAGCUUUAGCAGGCUAAUCAGAGACGUUGAGAGUGACUCACUGCUUAGGCUCAAUCACUAUCCACCUGUGACUGUAAAGGACCGGGACCCAUCUUCCUUCAACCAAUACCCACCCGGUAAUACUACUAAUAACCCUAUUGGAUUUGGAGAGCAUUCUGACCCUCAGAUCUUGACCAUCUUGAGAUCCAACGACGUGGAAGGCCUCCAGAUCUCCUUGCAUGAUGAUCAUGGUGAUGGCUUCUGGCUCUCUGUUCCUCCUGACCCCAAUAACUUCUAUGUCUUCGUUGGUGAUGCCUUACAGGCUUUGACGAAUGGGAGACUAAAGAGCGUAAGACAUAGGGCACUAGUGAACACAGCAAAACCAAGAAUGUCGAUGAUGUACUUUGGGGCACCACCUAUGAAUGCAUGGAUCUCACCACUACCUGAGUUGGUCUCUUCAGAGAAGCCCAGUUUAUAUAAGCCCUUUACUUGGGCCCAAUACAAGAAAGCUGCGUACUCUCUACGAUUAGGGGAUUCUCGUCUUGACCUCUUCAAGAAUAAUCAUUCAGAUAUGUUACCUUCAUCCCCAGGAACACUAUUACUUCCUUAAUGAGAAGAAUAUUAAUUAGUCAUUAAACUAAUUAUUAUUGUUAUAUAUGUAGAAGUUGUAUGUAGGGACUAGGGAGGAGCAAUGAGUUGUCAUUGUAUAUAUGCCACAUGUUAAAAAGGCCCCUUUCAUUGCCUCUCGAUCGAGCAGUGAGAGGAUAUUUUAUUCCCUUCAUUAUUGUAUUUUAAUAUAUAAAUAGGGUUAUCUCGUUGGUUGGUAAAAAUGAAAGGUAUAGUAGAGAGUUUUAAGUUAGGAAGAAGAAUAAGAAGUUAUUUAUAUUAAUAUGAAGAAUUAGUUGUUGUGCUUGUAUUAUUAGGUAUGUAUGUAAGAGAAAUGUCUUGUGAAUUGUGGUGUUAAAGUACUAGAAAUUUCAAUGAAA